UCCAUUUUUUUUCUGCGGAGUACAGGGAGCUGGUGAAGGAGAAAGACGAUGAAGCAGUGAUCAGAGCAGUCCAACGGGUGACACAGAGGUUGAGGGGAAAGUCAAUGGAGAAGAUCAGAGCCAGCUGACAGACAUCUUCAUGAGUCUGUGGCUCCAGAUGUGGCAGGAACAUCGAUGGAGAGACAUCCUGCCGAUGACGAGACCUGGGGUCCUCCUGGCAGUGAUCAGGAGCAGUCUUUACCUCACAAGCAAAACCAAGCUGCGCGGGUCAUACAGAGAGCGUGGCGAAGGCACAUCGACACCCACGUGUUCAAGUACUACAAGGACCUAAUCAGCUUUAGAAAAAAGGGGGACCCACGUCUGCUGCUCAGAUAUGUCAAUCCAAAAGAAGCAGAUUUGCUUGAUGCUGCUGCUGGGGUUCACAUUAGAUUUCGGCUUGGUGGUACAAAAUUUCCUCCAAGCAUCUACUACAAGAUAUUCACGCACCGCCCGAUAGUGGACAUGUGCGCCAACAGCCCCAAGGACUACACCUGCCCCGCAGCCAGGCGGCCCCUGCCGGGGCAAAUCCACAACCGCGGGCGGGCUGCGGGGCAGGAGGACCGCUCGGGCUGGUACCGGCGGGAGGAGAACAACGGCUGGAGGCUCCUCUCGGGCAAGAUUUGGUUAAUGGGCGACCCCGUAACACUGGACUCUGCCGCGAAGAAAACGGAAUUCCAUUACUCCAGGAUCCAGAGGCGCCAGGAAGUAGGGAGAAGGAGGAAGCAGAGGAAAAUUGACUGGAUGAAAAAGAUGUAUGAAGACGGCCUCCUGCAGGCCCGCACAGAGGACCCUGACGCGGCUCUGCUCGUGGACAAGGCCGCAGAGGGCAUGAUGGCGGCGGUGGAUCAGCUGGGGCCCAGCCACGUGCUGGAGUGGGAAGUGGACGAGCUGCUGGAGUGGACCAACUCCCUCAACUUCGAAGAGUACAUGAAUGGAUGGAAGGAAACAGCAAUGAGUGGUUUUUCAGAGUCCUAUAAAGGUUCGAGGCUCGUCGUCUCCCAGCACGACCAGUGCGAGUUCACGCGGUUCUCCCGGGAGGGCAGUCAGGCAGCCGCCGACUGCAGCGCCCUCACCUGUCACGUCUCCAGCCAGUACCAGUCUUACAGCACCCCCCUGCUCUCCAGGGCUAGCAUGGCAGAGCACGGCUCCCACAGCAGACAGAUAAAGCAGCUGCCACUUUAGACAGACAGGAGUAGAGUGUCCAGUGUGCACCGAAGUACAGCGCUCUCCCGUUAGGAGGCCAUGACAGCUUUCCCCUGCUUACUCAUGUUUCGGUUCGUGCCAGAAAACUGAUGGUGUUCUGAUGGUGAAAACUGAAGGGCUCUGGCUCUUCAUCAGGGUAAAUAUUUAACGUGAUUAAUCUGUUCCUUCAGGGUACUAUUUUCAACAAGAUAUAUCAAUGGUAACGAAGGUCUGAAAAUGUAGUACACGUUCAUAUGACCUGUCCCCGUUUUAAAUGAAAAUUAUUUUCCCCCAUGUUUGAAUUCUCAAUAUUUUACACGCGUUGCCCCAAGACACUGUCAUUUUCCAUGCUGAUUCCUAAUAAAGCUGUAUGUGGAGCUUUA